GUCGCCGCUGAACGCGACGAGAGGAUGAGCUCGGGCGGCCUCGGUGGCCUCAACAAGUCGCCGAACGGCGUGGUCAUCGGCGUCGUGCAGCUCCAGCUGCCGACGGUCAAGACCAAGGCCGACCUCGCCGCGCAGACGCAGAAAAUCGUCGCGAUGGUCGGCAAGGCGCGGCGCAACCUGCCCGGGAUGGACCUCGUCGUCUUUCCGGAGUAUUCGCUGCACGGACUCUCGAUGGACACGAACCCCGAGAUCAUGUGCGCGCUCGACGGGCCCGAGGUGGGGAGCUUCCGCGCGGCGUGCGAGGCGCACGAGAUCUGGGGUUGCUUCAGCAUCAUGGAGUACAACCCCGCGGGCAACCCCUACAACACGGGACUCGUCAUCGACGCGAAGGGUAAGAUCGCGCUCUACUACCGCAAGCUGCAUCCCUGGAUCCCCGUCGAGCCCUGGGAGCCGGGCAACGUCGGCGUCCCCGUGUGCGUCGGCCCGGGCGGCUGCAAACUGGCGCUCAUCAUAUGCCACGACGGCAUGUUCCCCGAGAUGGCGCGCGAGUGCGCGUAUAAAGGCGCGGAGAUCAUGCUCCGCACCGCGGGGUACACGGCGCCGAUCCGCGACUCGUGGCGCUUCACGAACCGGAGCAACUCCUUCCAGAACCUCAUGGUCACGGCGAACGUGUGCAUGUGCGGCAGCGACGGCGAUUUCGACUCCAUGGGCGAGGGCAUGAUCGUCAACUUUGACGGGUGCGUGAUCGCCCACGGCCUGACGGGCCGCGCGGACGAGAUCGUCACCGCGGAGGUGCGCCCCGACCUCGUGCGCGAGGCGCGAAUCUGCUGGGGCGUCGAGAACAACAUCUACCAGCUCGGCCACCGCGGCUACGUCGCCGUCAGGGGCGGCGCGAAGGACUGCCCCUACACGUACAUGAAGGACCUCGUCGCGGGGCGCUACGCGCUGCCAUGGGAGGCCGACGUCCGGCACACAGACGGCACCGCGUGCGGCUUCGACCCCCCGGAGCGCGAAUACGUCGGCGAGGAGGCGCCGCCCGCGAUGCAAAAGUGAAGUCGACAAGCGAGGCGCGCCCAUGUGAACACACUCGUGCCCUGCACAUUAU